AUUUCUUCUCGUCUUUCUCCCAUCCGCUGCCUGCCUCCAUAGCUAGCCCACUCGAGCCCUUCAACUUCUCGCCCAAGUUUUGAAGGGAUCCAGCGCCGCCGCCGCCGCGAUGGAGCACGCCGUCGUUGAGGGGGAGUCCUUCUCGCCCGACUGCUCCACCCUCCUCAUGCCGGCGCUCUCGAUCGGCAACGUGGGGCAGCUCGCCGUCGACCUGCUGGUGUCUUCGUCGCGCGCGAGGCGGGUGGCGUACCUCGACGAGCCGUCCGUGCUGCCCUGCGCCGGCAACGACGCCUUCGGCCCCGACGCCGUCGGUGAUCUCGCGCUCGCGCUGGAAGCUUAUGAAUCUCCAUCCCAUAGGCUGGCCUUCAUACAGCAACGGUCCCCAAUUAUUACAGGGAUGGUGGUUUCAUUUGCAAAAAAUGUUGCUAAUUUUAUAAGCAGCAUUGAAAAAGACCAUGUUGUUAUCCUUUCAAGUUUAGAUUCAGGCAAGAGAAGGAUAAUUGAUGCAUCCAGUGAUAUGCAAGUAUAUUACCUUUCAAGUUGCAACGAGGACGGUUCUGAUCCGAAAUGUGAGAACUUAGGCUGGAAGAAGCUUGAGGAAUACGAUCCAUCUCAGCAAAGGUGGAAGUGUCUUGCUAGCCUAGUUGAAGGUGGUCAUCUUUCAGAAGAUAUGACUGGUGAUCCUGAGGAGAUGACGAUAAAUGAUUACUACUCGAGCUUGCCAUUUGCAGCACUAUUCUCUGCCUGCAAGGCUAAAGGCUUGAAAGUUACUUGUGUACUAUGCUACUGCUCAGAAGGGGACAAUAUGCCAGAAUCUUUCCAGUUGGCUGAGGCAGCAUGCAAACUUGUUGCUCAAGGCCCUGAACAGUUCCAUGGAAAUGGGUCCAAUGGAUGGACUAUUCCAUUGUCCUGGAAAUCAGUAUAUGGACCACCACCUGACCUCUCUAUUUUCUAGACUUGAAGACCUAUCUAGUGAGGUUGCUAUCAUGAGCACUAUUUAGGAUUGAGGAUGUUGAACUUUUAGCAUGAGGGUUGAGGGGUUGUGCAAGAAGUCUCCAGGAAGGUGAUGAGUAUCAAAUGGUUUAGGUAAAGCGACAAAAGUGUAAUUCCAGUUUUCUUGCUGAACUCGUGGCUUGAUUGUACUUAUUUUUUUUAAGAUCCUGUUAUCCGGCUAUAUUGUAAGGGUAUGAUUGUACUUGAACCUACAAUUGAUUAGCUGGAACGUUUAUGUGACUGAUAACUGUGUUAACAAAACGUUAGAUAUAUGUCAAUUCAGUUGGUGGCGUUCUGUA